GGAAGCAGCGGGAGAGGGGCGGGGUAGUGGGCGUGGCGGCCCGGUCACGAGUGGCCGGAAGUGGCGGCCUCUGCAGAUCACCGGAGAUGGGGACCUCCCUGGACAUCAAGAUCAAGAGAGCGAAUAAAGUGUAUCACGCCGGGGAAAUGCUGUCUGGUGUGGUGGUCAUCUCCAGCAAGGACUCUGUCCAGCACCAGGGAGUGUCUCUGACCAUGGAAGGGACUGUAAACCUCCAGCUCAGUGCCAAAAGUGUGGGCGUGUUUGAGGCCUUUUACAACUCGGUGAAGCCGAUCCAGAUUCUCAACAGCACCAUAGACGUGCUGAAGCCAGGAAAGCUCCCCAGUGGCAAGACUGAGAUUCCCUUUGAGUUCCCUCUGCAUGUCAAGGGCAGCAAGGUGCUGUAUGAGACUUACCACGGCGUGUUUGUCAACAUUCAGUACACACUGCGCUGUGACAUGCGGCGGUCCCUGUUGGCCAAGGACCUGACCAAGACCUGUGAAUUCAUCGUUCACUCCGCUCCUCAGAAGGGGAAGCUGACCCCAAGUCCCGUUGACUUCACCAUCACCCCAGAAACCCUGCAGAACGUCAAAGAGAGGGCCUCACUCCCCAAAUUCCUCAUCAGAGGCCACCUGGACUCCACCAGCUGCGCCAUCACACAGCCCCUGACAGGAGAGCUGGUGGUGGAGCAUUCGGACGCUGCUAUCCGCAGCAUUGAGCUCCAGCUGGUCCGGGUGGAGACCUGUGGGUGUGCAGAAGGCUAUGCACGUGAUGCCACAGAGAUUCAGAAUAUUCAGAUCGCCGAUGGGGACAUUUGUAGGAGCCUUUCUGUCCCUCUGUACAUGGUCUUCCCCAGACUGUUCACAUGCCCGACACUGGAGACCACUAACUUCAAAGUGGAGUUUGAGGUUAACGUGGUGGUCCUUCUUCAUGCUGAGCACCUCAUCACAGAGAACUUCCCGCUGAAGCUCUGCCGGAUAUAGUCCAGCUCAGGAGGGGACAGCCAGGUGGCCGUAUGGAUGUCGACUCAGUCAUCCGCUCACACGUGGACAUCUGUUUGUCAUCCGCUCACACGUGGACAUCUGUUUGUCAUCCGCUCACACGUGGACAUCUGUUUGUCAUCCGCUCACACGUGGCUGUCACAUGGGUCAUCUGCUCACACGUGGGCAUCUCUCCAGUCCCCUGCCCACAUGUGGAUGUCACACGGGUCAUCUACUCAGACCCCUGGCGGCUUAUAUUUUCAUGAUUUUUCCUCAUUGCCUCAAAGCUGUUUCCUUCAGGUGCCUUGCCCAGCCCUUUCCUCUGGAAUGCAGCAGGAUGUCCUCGUGUGUGCUGCAAGAUCACAGCAAGCAUUUCCAGCGGCUUCAGAUGCACCUGUUUCUUUUUGGGUGCAGUAAAGCAGCUGUGUCUGCAGCCUGAGAUUUGCUGGCCCCCGAGCCCAUGCAGACCACUUGUCCAGACUGCUGUCAGCAAAUGCUUGGCAUCCAGCAGGCUCAAAGACUGAGUGCGUUUGUGACGCCCUCCAGGGCUGGCAGUGACUUCACCUGGAAAUAUGGAGCUGUUUCAAAACCUCGAGUUCUCGAUAGCAUUGGGUUAGAACUUCAGGGUUUUAGGGAAGUAAGAAAAACAGCAAAUAGGUCCUUGUUUUCAAGGGAAUCUGUGAAGAGGGGCUGGUGCUGGAGUUUUGUGGUCUGUCCGACUGUUGCGCACAGCUACUGCUGCUGUAUCCCAGGAUCCGCAUCAGGGGAAGAACACACACUGGCUGCUCAUUACUAGGUAAUUUCUGAGCGACAGGAGACCAUGCUGAGGAAGCCUGACCCCUGACGAAGUCCGUUUCCCCGCAGCCUCACACUGACUGCUCCUGUAUGGAGCGUGUGUUGUCGUACUUCUCUUCCCCUCUGCACACGGGCUGCCCUGCCCUCACAGUUCCGGGGGGGGGGGGGCAGGCCUGAGUGACAGCCUCCUGCACGGCCACUGUGCUGUGACAACUGAUGGGGAACUGAGGACACUUAGCCCAGUCACCUGACAGUGGGUUCCCAGACAAUGUAUUUUUGAUUUAUCAUUUUUUUAUGUUUACAUCAUAAUACUUACCCAUCCUGGAUAUAUAUAAACAAUCAAGCAACCAGAAAUGGAGGCCGUGCCUUCUGAUUAGUUUGCAAGGAGUCAUCUUUAAUGACAUAAUUUCUUAACAAAUAAAGAUGCUAAGCGAUUUUUAAA